AUGUCCUGUAGUAACAGGUCUCCUCCUGUGAAACGAGCCCGCAUUGACACCAACUGCAGUGAUAACAGUUCACAGGACACCAAGUCUGCUAGCAAUACUGAAGAUAUGGAGGUGGUUACAAAUGGAAAUAAUGAAGACAUCGACGAAGGCCUUUACAGUAGACAGCUGUAUGUGCUUGGUCAUGAUGCCAUGCGCAAGAUGGCCCACUCCAAUGUCUUGGUCUCUGGGCUUGGAGGUUUGGGUGUAGAGAUUGCCAAGAACCUGGCUUUGGGUGGCGUCAAGUCAGUCACUUUACAUGACACUCAGAAUGUCACCUGGCUUGAUCUUUCCUCUCAGUUUUAUGUGAGAGAAAAUGAAGUUGGUAAAAACCGAGCAGAGGUUAGUCUGCCACGUUUGACGGAGCUGAAUCGAUAUGUACAAGUGUUUUCUAACACUGAGCCCUUAACAGAAGACUUUCUCCGGAAGUUUCAGGUGGUGGUCUUAACAAAUAGCAACCUGGAGGAUCAGAUACGCUUUGGCGAGUUCUGUCACAAGAAUAACAUCAAGCUUGUUGUAGCAACCACACAUGGCUUGUUUGGUCACAUUUUCUGUGAUUUUGGAGAGGGUUUUGUUGUAACAGAUGUUGAUGGGGAGCAGCCUCUCUCCUGUAUGAUCGCUGACAUUGAAACGAGUGAGCAGGGUGUUGUUGCGUGCCUUGAUGAAACCCGCCAUGGCUUCAAUGAUGGUGAUUAUGUGACUUUCUCAGAAGUUCAGGGCAUGGUUGAACUCAAUGGUUGUGAGCCAAUCAAAAUCAAGGUCAUAGGUCCAUACACAUUUAGCAUAGGAGAUACAACCAAGUUUUCACCUUAUAUUCAGGGAGGAGUUGUCACCCAAGUCAAAAUGCCUAAAACUAUGAACUUUAAAUCCAUCAAACAGUCCCUGGAAGAGCCAGAGUUUUUGUUGACAGACUUUGGCAAGUUUGAUAGACCUGCAGUGUUGCAUAUUGCCUUCCAGGCUUUGCAUCAUUUUCUCAGCAAGCAUGGUCAUCUGCCAAAACCUCGCUGCAAGGCCGAUGCAGAAGCUUUUGUAGCUGUCUUCAAGGAAGUGAACCAGAAAUCUAAAGCCAAAGUGGAAGAUUUCAGUGAUGAACUUUUGCAUGAAUUUGCUUACUCAGCUCUAGGGAAUCUGUGCCCUGUGCAAGCUUUUAUUGGUGGUGUCGCUGCCCAAGAGGUCAUGAAGGCAUGCAGUGGAAAGUUCACUCCCUUGUUCCAGCAUCUCUACUUUGAUGCUCUGGAGUGUUUGCCCAAAGACAAGACUGUACUCACAGAGGAAGCUUGUGCACAAAAAAAUACACGCUACGAUGGCCAGAUUGUGGUGUUCGGUGACCACUUCCAAGAUGUCCUGCAGAACUUGCGUUAUUUCUUGGUUGGUGCAGGCGCCCUCGGCUGUGAGAUGUUGAAAAACUGGGCCAUGAUGGGGCUUGGGUCUGGAGAACGUGGCCAGGUGUUCAUCACAGAUAUGGAUCACAUUGAGAAGUCAAAUCUCAACCGACAGUUUUUGUUUAGGCCUUCGGAUGUAGAUAAACCCAAAUCUUCAACAGCAGCAAGAGCAGCACGAGAGAUGAACCCCAGUAUUAAGAUCGAUGCCAGAGAAGACAGAGUUGGGCCAGACACAGAGAAUGUCUUCACUGACCAGUUCUUUGAGGGAUUGGAUGGCGUGGCCAAUGCUCUGGACAACAUUGAUGCAAGAAUGUACAUGGACAGGAGGUGUGUCUAUUAUUGUAAGCCUCUCCUGGAAUCUGGCACUCUAGGAACCAAGGGCAAUGUUCAGGUGGUGAUCCCACAUUUGACAGAGUCCUACUCAUCAUCCCAGGACCCUCCAGAGAAGAGUAUACCUUCAUGUACAGUCAAGAAUUUCCCUAAUGCUAUUGAACACACUUUGCAGUGGGCUCGGGAAGAAUUUAUGAAAGAAUUCCAGGAAGAUCCAGAAACGGCCAGUCAGUAUAUCACUGAUGCCAAGUUCAUGGAGCGGACACUCAAGCUGCAGGGAUCACAGCCGCUGGAGGUAAUUGAAACUGUCAAGCGUGUCCUGGUGGAUGAAAGACCACAUUCCUUUGAGGAUUGCGUGAAACUUGCCCGUCAAGCAUUUGCUAAACAUUAUACCAACAGGAUCAAACAGUUGCUCUUCAACUUCCCCCCAGAUCAGAAAACCAGUACCGGUGCUCCAUUCUGGUCUGGCCCAAAGCGUUGUCCUACACCCAUUGAAUUUGACUCAUCAAAGGAUCUGCAUAUGGACUUCAUUGUGUCAGUGGCAAACUUGAAGGCAGCAAUCUAUGGCAUCCCCCAAGUUAGGGACAGACAGAAAAUCAAAGCAAUCGUGGACAAAAUUGUGGUACCUGAGUUCUCGCCCAGGGCUGGGGUCAAAAUAGAGGUCACAGAAAGUGAAGCUGCAGCUUCAUCUAAUAAUCCAGAAACCCCAGCGUCUGAAGACUUGCUGAACCUGCAAAAGUCUCUGCCGCCUCCGGCAUCACUGUCAGAUCUGAAGAUAACACCUCAAGAGUUUGAGAAAGAUGAUGACACCAACUUCCACAUGGACUUUAUUGUGUCAGCCUCCAAUCUCAGGGCCAACAACUACAGUAUACCUGAAGCUGACAGACUGAAGAGCAAACUGAUUGCUGGCCGAAUUAUUCCAGCCAUCGCAACCACUACCAGCAUGGUUGUAGGUCUAGUCUGCAUUGAACUCAUAAAGCUGGCUCAGGGACACAAGAACAUCGAAUCUUACAAAAAUGGCUUUGCAAACCUGGCCCUGCCGUUCUUUGCCUUCUCUGAACCUGUGCCACCAACCAAAAACAAGUACUAUGACACAGAGUUUACCCUCUGGGACAGAUUUGAAGUUCAAGGUGACAUGACACUCCGAGAAUUUCUGGAAUACUUCCAGAACAAGUACAAGCUAGAGAUCACUAUGUUGUCUCAGGGAGUCUGUAUGCUGUACUCAUUCUUCAUGCAGCCUGCCAAACGACAGGAGAGACUCGACUUGCCAUUGUCGGAAGUGGUGAAGAAAGUCUCCAAAAAGAAGAUCCCGCCGCACGUCCAGGCUCUGGUGUUAGAGAUCUGCUGCAAUGACGAGGAUGGAGAAGAUGUUGAAGUGCCCUAUGUCAAAUACAAUCUGCCCAAAUAG